UUGACACAAACCACACUCACACAAGCUAGUCUUGUGCUGAACCUAUUUCUUCUUGCUCUCUUUCAUUCUCUCUCAUACUACCUUCCGGUUCCACGAUGAUUUCCCUCCCUCUCGUAGCUGUCGCACUACUUCCAUUCGCUCUCGCUGCUCCCCAGCCGGAUGCAGGUGUUAUUCAUGUCCCAAUCGUGCGACGUAGUCAAGCAGACAGAGUCGCGAAUUUACCCAAAGCUAUGGAAGCUUUGCGCGCAAAAUAUAAUUAUCGCCCAACAAAUGCCACGAAUUCCAAGCGAGCAAACUCUGCUGCAGUUCCCAUCACCGAUGAGCAAAACGAUUCCAGUUACUCAGGAAUCGUGAGCAUCGGAACUCCACCGCAGAGCUUCGAUCUUAUCCUCGACACCGGUUCUUCCGACCUUUGGGUUGCAACAUCCUCAUGUACCUCUUGCGAUACAUUAACCUCCUGUACUACUUGCUCUGAGAAUCAGUUUACCACCUCAAAAUCCUCGACAUUCCAGACAUCAGGUACCGCCCUGCAGAUCAAUUAUGGCUCAGGAUCGGUACAAGGUGCUACCUCCCAAGAUACUGUCACUUUCGGUGGCUUCACCAUCGCUCAGCAAGAACUUUUGGCUGUUACUGCAACUACCUCUGGCUUGCUCGGCGGUGUACUCUCAGGUAUCAUGGGUCUUGGGUUUAACACCAUUUCUGCCCUCAGUACUACUCCCUUUUGGCAAGCUCUCUACAAUGCCGGCCAGCUCUCAGAACCUUUGUUCUCUUUCUACCUGGCACGUUAUAUCGACCAAUCCGCUACGAGCACUGCCCCGGGCGGCACCCUCACUCUCGGUGGAACAAACUCCAGUUUAUACCAGGGCUCUAUCGAGUACUUGAGCCUAACCGGUACGCCAUCGUAUUGGCUGCUCGAUGUUGCCUCGCUCUCUGUGCAAGGCAAAUCGAUCACUGUCGGCUCAUCCAAUUCUCUUGCUGCCAUCGACACGGGCACUACCCUCAUUGCUGCACCCACCACCAUUACCGCAAAUAUUUGGUCCCAAGUUUCAGGCUCCAUAGCGCUUACCGGAGCAUACGCAGGCUUAUACGCAUUCCCCUGCACCACUGAUGUCACAGUCACUAUGUCUUUCGGCGGUACUACCUGGUCGAUCAACCCCCUCGACAUGAACCUCGGCUCUCUCCCCAGUUCCGUCACAGGUACCACGACUCAGAUGUGUGCCGGUGGUAUCUUUGAUAUCGGCACCAGCGUUGGCAGUGGCGCCGGUGUCCCUACCUGGAUUGUCGGUGACACGUUCCUCAAGAACGUGUACUCCGUCUUCCGCGCCAACCCCGCUGCCGUCGGUUUUGCACAGCUUGCUAGUGGCCUGAGCACUUCAACCGGAACCUCCACCCCGAACCCGGCGAAGGUGUCGAGUUCAACAGCUACCUCGACUAGCGGCUCGACCUCGGGCAACCCCCUUAUCGGAACUGCAUCUACUAACACGAACGUUGCUGUCUCCCUCACCCUUCUCGCAUCUGUGGCGGCCUGCUUCACGCUCUUGCUCUGAGAGACUAUAUAUACCACACUACACACAACUAUUAUUGUGAUACCAUACACGGAGUCUGUCUUGGUUCUCACACCGGAUACUCACAUGAUGCACAUACGUAUACGUAUACUGACUUACGGUCUGACGUUCGCUCGUUGUCUGGCCACUGAACUUGCGCGCGUAUCUUAACACCUUUCCUUUCACGUCCAUUCUUUCAUUGAGGUUUUUAUAUAUCUUUGGAUUUAGGCAUGGUUGUACUUAUUAUGGUUGACGUUUGUAGCAGGUAAUUAACUUGCAUGAUGAUGAUGUGUUGCAUUGCAAGUAUUUGCAGUAACUAGUUGUUCGUCUGACUUACGAUCAGGCGGAUAGAUGUUCAGGG